GACAGAUUCUCCCAGUCAUUCCACAAGGUGAUCGAAGUCAAAUUCUGUCUGCGUGCAUUACUAGAUCUCGAUUGUGGAAUAUUUGUACAAUUUUUCUUCUAAAGAGAAACAUGCGGCUUAACAAGGGUAAUUCCCAGCAAGAAAUUGACGAACUAAAUGCUUUUGCGCAAUGGGUUCUGGACAUUGGUGAUGGAAAAUUUUCAGGGCCAACUCUCGCAGGAGCUCCUGACAUGUUAGAAGAUGAUAUCUUGGUCCCAGGUCAAUUCUGUGAUAUGGAUAGAGAGAAUUCUGUUGAAAAUAUGAUCAAAACAAUAUAUCCAGAUUUUGUCAACAAUUGUGGAAAUGCAAAGUAUUUGAGUGAGAGGGCAAUAUUGACACCUACUAACCAAACAGUAGGUCACCUUAAUUCUCAAAUAGUUGAUAUGAUUCCAGGCGAGUCUGUUACUUACUAUAGUGUCGACAGUGCUGAAGAAUUCGCUGGGAAUGACAGUGAUCUACAUUCUGCUUUUCCUGUAGAGUACCUAAACUCAAUGAAUCUCCCUGGAAUGCCGCUUCAUGACCUCAAACUGAAGGUUGGUGCUGUUGUAAUGCUGAUGCGGAAUCUUAAUCAGACUCUAGGACUUUGCAACGGAACUAGGAUGGUUGUCACAAAGUGUCUCAAAUUCUGCGUUGAGUGUGAGGUAAUAUGCGGAUCUUUUGUUGGUACUAAACACUUCAUUCCAAGGAUGGAAUUAUGUCCUAGCGAUACUAGGAUGCCUUUUAAGUUGGUUAGGAAGCAGAUGCCGCUUCAGAUUUGCUACGCGAUGACCAUCAACAAGUCACAAGGACAAUCACUUCAAACUGUUGGCCUUUAUCUUCCUAAACCAGUUUUUACGCAUGGCCAGUUUUAUGUUGCCAUAAGCCGGGUAACAUCUCCAUCUGGGUUGAAUGUUUUUAUUGAUGAUGAAAGUGGUUGCACCACAGAUUUAACACAGAAUGUAGUGUAUAAGGAGGUUUUCUAUGCUCUGCCAAAAACUUAA